GUCAUCCAGAGAUGGACUUGGGGGACGAUGAUAGCCCCCCAUUCAAGGUCAUCCAGAGAUGGACUUGGGGGGACGAUGAUAGCCCCCCAUUCAAGGUCAUCCAGAGAUGGACUUGGGGGGACGAUGAUAGCCCCCCAAGAAGGACUUGGGGGGACGAUGAUAGCCCCCCAAGAUGGACUUGGGGGGACGAUGAUAGCCCCCCAUUCAAGGUCAUCCAGAGAUGGACUUGGGGGGACGAUGAUAGCCCCCCAUUCAAGGUCAUCCAGAGAUGGACUUGGGGGGAUGAUGAGUCCCCCAAGAAGGACUUGGGGGGACGAUCAUAGCCCCCCAUUCAAGGUCAUCCAGAGAUGGACUUGGGGGGACGAUGAUAGCCCCCCAUUCAAGGUCAUCCAGAGAUGGACUUGGGGGGACAAUGAUAGCCCCCCAAGAAGGACUUGGGGGGACGAUGAUAGCCCCCCAUUCAAGGUCAUCCAGAGAUGGACUUGGGGGGACGAUGAUAGCCCCCCAUUCAAGGUCAUCCAGAGAUGGACUUGGGGGGACGAUGAUAGCCCCCCAUUCAAGGUCAUCCAGAGAUGGACUUGGGGGGACGAUGAUAGCCCCCCAUUCAAGGUCAUCCAGAGAUGGACUUGGGGGGACGAUGAUAGCCCCCCAAGAUGGACUUGGGGGGACGAUGAUAGCCCCCCAUUCAAGGUCAUCCAGAGAUGGACUUGGGGGGACGAUGAUAGCCCCCCAAGAUGGACUUGGGGGGACGAUGAUAGCCCCCCAUUCAAGGUCAUCCAGAGAUGGACUUGGGGGGACGAUGAUAGCCCCCCAUUCAAGGUCAUCCAGAGAUGGACUUGGGGGGACGAUGAUAGCCCCCCAUUCAAGGUCAUCCAGAGAUGGACUUGGGGGGACGAUGAUAGCCCCCCAAGAUGGACUUGGGGGACAAUGAUAGCCCCCCAUUCAAGGUCAUCCAGAAGGACUUGGGGGGACGAUGAUAGCCCCCCAAGAUGGACUUGGGGACGAUGA